AAGUCGGUAAUGUCGGUGUGUCAUACGUAGACAGUUUCUUGAAAUUUCUACUCAGUUUUCUAAAGUUUGUUAUAUACGAUUUGUUGAACACGCGCGUCUAAAUUCAAUUUUGGACCGUAGUCUGGGUCAGGAUAAAUGCCAUAUGUACGAUUAUGUUGACAUUUGGAUAUUCUUAUCGCGAGUAAAAGUAUGUCUAAAGCAAGAGCGAUUCCACAUAACCUCAUUCAAUGGGAUCAGAGUGACAAUCCUUUGGCCCCAUUGACAAUAUGUCAAAAGGAUUGUUUAACGAAUCUCGAAACUGCCAUAACUUCGUAUUUUCCGUCAUCGAAUCUGCAAACCAAUGUAAUCCAUAGCGAUAAAGAGAAAUUGCAAAAGCAGGAUUCCCAGGAAAACAACCUUCCGAUAGAAAGGUAUCAGGAGUUACUUCAGCAUUACUUGUCUUUAGAGAGGAAAUACAUGUCCAUGCAUGAUAUGAAGUACAAUCUGUAUCUCGACGAGCUGAAGUCGAGGAGAUCUGAGUGCCACGAGGUUUGUUCUCAGAUAGAGAAGGCAUUGGAUGAUCUUUCUGCACUUUAUAAACAGUAUAACGAAGUUUCUGCUAAAACCACUUCUCUAUACGAUGCUAGUGAGCAACUUAUUUCUGAUCAGAAGCAGCUGAACGCGACAAUCGACAGUAUUACAGAAUAUGUUAGAUAUUUCAAGGAAAUCAAUAUGAUCACAGAGAAAUUAGAUGCGCCUACCUUGUCGAUCAAUAGCGAAAUGUUUUUCGCUAUAUUAGACAAAAUUGAUACAAAUAUAAACUUUAUGCAGAAUAACUCGUCAUAUAAUGAAAGCGGAGUUUAUUUGAUACGAUACAGGCAUUGCCAGUCAAAGGCAAUUACACUGAUACAGAAUUAUAUUUUCAAUCUGUUCUCUAAAACUACAGAGAGCAUUUUAAAUUUAAAGGAUAGCGAAGGCUCACCAGAAAAUACAGAUACAGCACUUGCUUUAUUUUAUGGCAGAUUUCAGACAAUUUUGUCCAAGACAAAACCAGUUAUUGAACAGAUUGAAAACAAGUCAUACAAGAGACAGGAAUAUGACAGUCUAUUGCUUGAAUGUCAUCAAUAUUAUUGGAGUCAGCGAGGCUUAGUGUUAGGUGCAAGUAUACAAAAGUCUUUGAAUUCUGUCAGGGAGAAAUACAAUGGUGAUCAUUGUAGUUUAGUACGACACUCUUGUGCACUGCUCUUGCACGCAUCGAUAGAUGAGCACAAACUUUUUUAUGAAUUCUUUUCGAAACAAUCGAACGGGCUGACCGCAUAUUUGGAGAGUUUAUGCACUUCGCUGUACGAUGCAUUACGACCUUUCAUAAUACACAUCAAUCAUCUUGAGACGUUGGCAGAAAUCUGCUGUAUUCUACGAAUAGAAAUGUUGGACGAAUAUGUACAGAACAAUUUCGAACCGUUGGAAGGCUUUGGAAACAUAUGCUUGCAGCUGUUACACGAUGUGCAAGAGAGAUUGGUAUUUCGCGCGCAUUUGUAUCUACAAUCCGACGUGUUGAACUACAAUCCUUCGUCAGGAGACUUGGCGUAUCCAGAAAAAUUGAAGAUGAUGGAAGACAUAGCGGAGUCGAUUAGAGAAGAGAAUCGCCAGACUCGUAUGAAAAAGAUCUCAGUGUCAUCUGCUGACAGUUCUGUUCUAGAACCGGUCUCUCGAAAUCAUAUAGUCAUGGAUUCUAUUUACCAAAAGACACACAUGGGAAGUUCUCCGGCAGAUCUACAUGCUAUGUGGUAUCCUACAGUUCGCAGGACUCUGGUAUGUCUAUCAAGGCUUUAUCGCUGUGUGGAUAGAUCUGUGUUCCAAUCGCUGAGCCAAGAGGCCAUUUCCCUCUGUGUCCAAAGCAUCGAGAAUGCCAGGCAAGAAAUUGAGAAGAGAGCGAGCAUUCUGGACGCGGAAUUAUUUCAAAUAAAACACUUGCUGAUCCUUAGAGAGCAGAUUGCACCGUUUCAAGUUGACUUUACUAUUAAGGAAUAUAGUUUGGACUUCUCCAAAGUGAAGACCGCAGCAUUUGGGCUGCUUGAGAAAAGUUCCAGGCUCUUCACCUUAUCGAACAAUGCAUUAUUACAGUUUCUUUUGGAAGGUGCACCACAGAUGAAAGAACAACUCAUUGAUUCGAGAAAACAUGUGGAUGCAAAGUUGAAGUUUACAUGUCAACGAUUGAUACAACACGCAACUUAUUUAUUGAUUAAUCCUAUUAUCAAGUUAUUGGAAAAGGACAAAUUGCAUGAUGCAAACUCCAGUCAGGAAAAUGCACUAGGAAGUGCAAAGGAAGUGGCAGCCAUAGUGGUUGAUGUUUUAAGGAUAAUUAAGUUUAAAUGUCCUGAGAUACAGCAAUCGAUGCAAUUGUAUUUGGCUAAUAAGGAAACUGAAUUUAUUUUAUUUAAACCGAUAAAAAAUAAUAUUUGCGCCGCGUUCACACAGUUGCAUCAAAUAUUGAAUAAGUAUUAUAAUGCAGAGGACCUUUUGUUAAUCGCGUGUCCUUUACCAGAACAGAUUUCUGUUAUGUUGAGCUCGACGACGCUGGUUCAAGGAAAAUUAAAUCGGGAAUCAAGCUUGAAACGGUCGCAGUCGAUUACUAAACAAGAAGUUUAAAUUUUAAAAUUUCCGUAUUUAUUUUAUUUUUCGAAAUUAUAUAGAGUAUUGGACAGAAUAGUGAGUUAGUUAUAAUAAAACGAACAAAAAUAAAAAUUUCGUAUGCUAGAUGUAAUUAUUUAUAUAAACGUAAAAAAAUUUUAUAAUUAAAAAAAUAAAAGUAAAGUUGAAAUAAAAUUAGUAAAUUGAUUAAAUUUUAGAA